AUGAGAGAUCAUGGCCGCUUCGGGCUCCUCAGCUAUGAGCAGAGACCUCUCAAACGGUCCCGUUUGGGGCCGCCCGACGUCUAUCCUCAAGACCCCAAGCAGAAGGAGGAUGAGCUAACUGCUGUAAAUGUAAAACAAGGUUUCAGUAAUCAGCCACCUUUCUCAGGAGAUGAACAUGGGUCUGCUAGAAAUAUUGUUAUUAACCCAUCAAAGAUUGGUGCUUAUUUUAGCAGCAUAUUAGCAGAGAAAUUAAAACUUAAUACAUUCCAGGAUAUAGGAAAGAAGAAAUUGCAAAUAAAUGCUAAAGACAAUUACUGGCUAGUUACUGCUCGGUCCCAGAGUGCAAUUCAUACGUGGUUUGCGGAUUUGGCAGGAAAUAAACCUCUGACUUUCCUAGCAAAAAAGGUCCCAAUUCUCAGCAAAAAGGAAGACGUUUUUGCUUAUUUAGCAAGAUACUCUGUGCCACUCUUGCGAGCAGCAUGGUUGAUAAAAAUGACUUGUGCCUACUACUCAGCCAUCUCUGAAGCUAAAAUCAAGAAACGCCAGGCAGCUGAUCCAAAUCUUGAAUGGACUCAAAUCUCUACCAGGUACCUAAGAGAACAAUUGGUAAAAAUUGCAGAAUUUUAUCACAUGACUACAAGCCAAGGCAAAAACUCUGUAGUUGUGCCUCGUGAAGUGGAACAUGCUCUAAAGCAGUGGGAAUAUAAUGAAAAGUUGGCAUUUUAUAUGUUCCAGGAAGGAAUGCUUGAAAGACAUGAAUAUUUAACAUGGAUCCUGGAUGUCUUGGAAAAAAUAAGACCAGCUGAUGAUGAACUUUUGAAACUCCUCCUACCACUAAUGCUGCAGUAUUCUGAAGAGUUUGUUCAGUCAGCCUACCUGUCGCGUCGCCUUGCUUACUUCUGUGCCAGACGUGUCUCUUCGUUGAUAAGUGACAGUACUAACCUCAUAGCUGCCCACUCGCCUCAUAUUAUUAUUGGACCAAAUAAUCCUCCUUUGGCAGCUUCCAGCUCUUCAACAACUGGUACUGUAGUGAAUCCUGCCCAGCUUGCCUGUUCAGAUUUUCUUUCCUGCCCCCAGCACCGCCCUCUUGUCUAUGGCCUGAGCUGUAUGCUGCAGACUAUAACUCUCUGUUGCCCAAGUGCCUUGGUCUGGAAUUAUUCUACAAAUGAAAGUAAAAACAUAAAUCCUGGCUCACCUUUGGAUUUACUUCAAGUUUCUCCAUCCAGCUUACCAAUGCCAGGAGGAAAUUCUGUAUUCAAUCAGCAGGUUCGUGCAAAGAUUUUUGAAGUAGAACAGCAGAUAAAACAAAGGGGCCGUGCUGUCGAAGUACGGUGGUCAUUUGACAAGUGCCAAGAAUCAACUGCAGGGGUUACUAUCAGCCGUGUUUUGCACACUUUGGAGGUUUUGGAUAGACACUGUUUUGAUCGUUCAGAUUCUAGCAACUCAAUGGAAAGCCUUUAUAACAAGAUUUUCUGGGGAACUCAUAAUAAGGAUAAUCAGGAGGUUGCACCUAAUGAUGAAGCUGUGGUAACAUUGCUUUGUGAAUGGGCUGUGAGUAAUAAAAGAUCUGGUAAGCACCGGGCAAUGGCUGUAGCUAAACUAUUGGAGAAGAGGCAAACUGAAAUUGAGGCAGAAAGAUGUGGUGAAGUUGAAAUCAUGGAUGAAAAGGAAUCCAUUUCUUCAGCAUCAUUUGCUGGUUCUAGCCUCCCUGUUUUCCAGAAUGUUCUCCUUAGAUUUUUAGAUACUCAAGCCCCCUCAUUACCUGAUCCAAAUGGUGAAUAUGAAAAAAUUGAAUUUGUGAACCUAGUGCUGCUUUUUGGUGAAUUUAUACGGCAUGAUGUUUUUUCACAUGAUGCUUACAUGUGCACUUUAAUAUCACGUGGAGACUUAUCUGUCACUGCAGCUUCUAGAACACGUUCACCAACUGGGGAAAACAUGGAUGAGCACUAUUCUAAGGGACACGAUGUGAAACUUGAGGAACAUAGCCUUAUGGAACACAUGUAUAUUGACUCAGGAACCACUAAUAUUUUUGAUGAUGUAGACAAGAAUGACUUAAAGACAGACUUUGGUUCGGAAUUUCCAAUCUUUUCUCCAAUGCCUGGGGAGUCUUGUGAAAAUCUGAAUUCAAUACCAGUACAAAACAGAAGAGCUUCAGUAAGUAAUGAAAAGUCUACAAAGAAAGAAAAAGGAAGGGAGCUGAUUUUCCCAUCAAAUUACCAUCUCCUUCGACAUUUGCAGUAUGCUACACAUUUUCCUAUACCUUUGGAUGAAUCAUCAAGUCAUGAAUAUAACCAGCGCAUGAUACUUCUUUAUGGAGUUGGAAAGGAACGUGAAGAGGCCAGGCAUCAACUGAAGAAGAUUACCCGAGAUAUUCUGAAAAUCCUAAAUAAGAAAAGCACUUCUGAAAUGAGUGGUGGUGAUGAAGGUCAAAAGAUCCGGAAGAACAGGCAAGAGGCAUUUCCAACUUUAGAGACUGUAUUUAAAAAACUUCAGCAGCUCUCAUACUUUGACCAGCAUCAAGUGACAAGUCAGAUCUCCAACAAUGUUCUGGAGCAGAUUACUAGUUUUGCAUCAGGAACAUCAUAUCAUCUUCCACUAGCUCAUCACAUAGAAUUUAUCUUUGAUCUAAUGGAACCUGCUUUAAAUAUUAAUGGACUUAUUGACUUUGCUGUUCAGCUGCUGAAUGAGCUGAGUGUGGUGGAAGCUGAACUACUACUGAAGUCAUCCAGCCUGGCAGGAAAUUACACAACUGGACUGUGUGUUUGCAUUGUAGCUGUGCUAAGGCAUUAUCAUGCUUGCCUCAUUUUGAAUCCAGAUCAAACUGCUCAGGUUUUUGAAGGAUUAUGUGGUGUUGUCAAACACAUAGUCAAUCCAUCAGAAUGCUCUUCUCCUGAAAGGUGUAUUUUAGCCUAUCUGUAUGAUCUCUAUGGAUCCUGUAGCCAUCUUAGAAGCAAAUUUGGAGAUCUUUUCAGUAGUGCCUGUUCAAAGGUAAAGCAGACCAUAUAUAGCAAUGUUCAACCUUCAAAUUCCAAUUUGUUAUGGGAUCCUGAAUUCAUGUUGGAUUUUAUUGAGAAUCCCUCCAUUCGCAGCCUUAAAUAUUCAAUGUUGGGCAAGAUUCUGAAUGACAAUGCACCAAGUCGCUAUAGCUUUGUGUGUAAUGCACUAAUGAAUGUCUGCAUGGGCCAUCAAGAUGCAGACAGAAUUAAUGAUAUUGCCAACUUGUGUGCAGAAUUAACUGCUUGCUGUACAGUCCUAAGUUCAGAGUGGUUAGGAGUCUUGAAAGCCCUUUGCUGUUCUUCAAAUCAUGUCUGGGGAUUUAAUGAUCUUCUCUGCAGCGUGGAUGUGAGUGAUCUUUCAUUCCAUGAUUCAUUGGCUACCUUCGUUGCAAUACUGAUAGCUCGUCAAUGUUUUUUCCUUGAGGAUGUUGUUCAACAUGUAGCUCUUCCUUCUUUACUUACAGCAGCUUGUGGAGAUCCAGAUGCUGAACCAGGGGCACGGAUGACUUGCCGUCUUCUUCUACAUCUCUUCCAAACACCCAAUAUUUCCUUAUUGUCCAAUGAAAAAUGUUUUCCAGGAAUUCGGUCAUCUUGCGAUCGCCGCCUUUUAAGUGCUGCUCACAACAGCAUAGAAGUAGGAGCAGUAUUUGCUGUUUUGAAAGCAAUUCUUAUGCUUGGUGAUGCUGAAAUUGGAAGCAACAAUAUUCCCUCCUUGAAAAAUUCAGAUUACCCUGUACAAAGCUUAUUGGGAGAUCUAAAUGAUGAUGAGAUCUGGAAAGCUACCUCAAAGUCUUUGUAUGGAAAAACCAUUUCCAUAGAAACUGCUACUCUCAGUGAAUAUGCUAGAUAUGUACUAAGAAGCAUUUGUCAGCAGGAAUGGGUGGGGGAACACUGCUUGAAAGAACCUGAGAGGCUAUGUACCGACAAAGAUCUUAUCCUGGAUCCAGUUCUCUCCAACAAACAAGCACAGAAAUUGUUGCAGCUUAUCUGCUACCCUUAUAGUAUUAAAGAAUGCACAGAAGGGGACAAUCCUCAGAGGCAACACAUCAAGCGCAUUCUUCAGAAUAUAGAUCAGUGGACUCUUAGACAGUCAUGGCUGGAACUUCAGCUAAUGAUCAAACAGUGUCUGAAGGAACCUGGUUCUGGGUCUGUGGCUGAAAUGAACAGCUUGUUGGAUAAUAUUGCAAAGGCGACAAUAGAAGUUUUUCAGCAAUCCGCUGACCUAAACAAUAACUCUUCUAACUCUGGUAUAGGCCUCUUCAAUCCAAACUCUCUUGGAAAUGCUGACAUACAUAUUACAAGGCAGAACUGUAAAAAGACAUUCCUAAGCUCUUCUGAAAGACAAGGUGUCUGGUUAGUGGCUCCCCUGAUUGCAAAGCUGCCAACAUCUGUUCAAGGCCGAGUCUUGAAAGCAGCUGGAGAAGAACUAGAGAAGGGCCAGCACUUGGGAUCAUGUUCAAAGAAGGAGAGAGACAGGCAAAAACAGAAGAGUAUGUCUCUUCUGAGUCAGCAACCAUUCCUGUCUUUGGUACUCACUUGUCUCAAGGGACAGGAUGAACAGCGUGAAGGGCUUCUAACAUCUCUGCAAAAUCAAAUUAAUCAGAUAUUAAGCAACUGGAGGGAAGAACGAUAUCAAGAUGAUGUUAAAGCAAGACAAAUGAUGCAUGAAGCAUUACAGCUUCGUCUUAAUUUGGUUGGUGGAAUGUUUGAUACGGUGCAAAGAAGUACUCAGUGGACCACCGACUGGGCACUUCUACUCCUUCAGAUAAUAACAUCAGGGACUGUUGACAUGCAAACCAAUAAUGAAUUAUUUACAACAGUACUUGAUAUGUUGAGUGUGUUGAUCAAUGGAACUUUAGCUUCUGACCUCUCAAUUGCAUCUCAAAUGGGAUCUGAAGAGAACAAGAGAGCAUACAUGAAUUUGGUGAAAAAACUCAAAAAAGAACUGGGAGAUAAAAGUUCAGAAAGUAUUGACAAAGUUCGCCAGCUCUUGCCAUUGCCAAAGCAGAUGUGUGACCUUAUUGCCUGUGAGCCUAUGGGAUCACUGAUUGAUACGAAGGGAAACAAAAUUGCUGGAUUUGACUCCAUAGAUAAGAAACAGGGGCUCCAAGUCUCAAUGAAACAGAAAGUAUCUCCAUGGGAUUUACUGGAAGGCAAUAAGAAUCCAGCUCCAUUGUCUUGGGCUUGGUUUGGAACUGUUCGCAUUGAUAGGAAAGUCAUAAAAUAUGAGGAGCAGCAGCACCUUCUGCUUUACCACACACACCCUAAACCUAAGCCACGAAGCUACUACCUCGAACCUUUACCUCUUCCUCCUGAGGAGGACGAGGAGGAAGAAGAGCCUACCACUCCUGCAUCUCAGGAACCAGAAAGAAAGUCAGCAGAGCUUUCGGAUCAGGGAAAACCUUCAGCAGAUGAAGAAAGAAAGGGGAAAGGCAGAAAAAGAAAGACAAAAGCAGCUUCCAAAACUGAUAAAAGACCUCCACGGUGGAAUAAUUUUCUAGCUUAUCAUGCAGUCUACUAUAUAUUGUUUUUUUCAGUUCACCAGUCUUUGCAGCAGAAUCACCUAGUUGGAGGGCCUCUAGAUGCAGUAUCAGCCACAUCUUCCCAGGCAAAUCUUUACUCUGUCCAGAUAUCUCAGGAACAAAUGAGACAGAGACAACAGCAAAUUCGGCAACAAAGAUUCCUUCAGCUUCAGCAUCAACAGAAUCAACAACAAAUCAUUAACCUUCAAGCAAUGCAGCCUCAACAACAAUCUUUCUUCCCAAGACAAGGAUUGCAGCAGACCCAGCAGCAACAACAGACAGCUGCUCUUGUCAGACAACUCCAAAAACAGCUGUCAAGUAACCAGCCCCAGCAAGGUGUGAAUCCGUACAGUCAUCUUCCACACUUCUGAAUCUGAAAGAUGUCAGGAAGAGAAAGUAUUUGCACUGAAGAACAGGGAGAGAAGAAUUUGUUGCACUAAUU